AGUGCGCCGGCGCGUCCAGCCGCGACCCGCCCUCCGUCAGGGGUGCGCGCGGCGGUGGCGGCGGCAGAGCGGGCGGGCUCGGGGCCCCGGCGGAGGAGGGACUUGUAGCGCCCGCGGCUGCGCGGUGCUGCUCCCUCUCCUGUAGUUCGCCUGGGCGGGCGCGGCGGCGGCGGUGGGGCCGGCACGAUGCGGCGCUACCUGCGCAUCGUGGUGCUGUGCCUGGCCUGCGGCUUCUGCUCGCUCCUCUACGCCUUCAGCCAGCUCGCCGUGUCCCUGGAGGAAGGAGCGGGCGGCGGUGGUAGGAAGCCGCAGGCCGGAGUGGCUUCCUGGAUCGCGGGCGGCGGACGCGGCGCCGCAAGAGGGGCGGGCAGCGCGGCCACCGCGGCCACCGCAGCGCAUCCCGGCGGGGCGGACAGGUGUAAAGAUUUCUCUGUGUGUUACUGGAAUCCCUAUUGGAUGCUGCCCUCUGAUGUUUGUGGAAUGAACUGCUUUUGGGAAGCGGCUUUUAGGUAUAGUCUGAAAAUACAGCCCGUUGAGAGAAUGCACCUAGCUGUAGUUGCCUGUGGUGAAAGACUGGAAGAAACUAUAACCAUGUUGAAGUCAGCGAUCAUUUUCAGCAUCACACCGCUUCAGUUCCAUAUUUUUGCUGAAGAUCAACUACAUGAUAGUUUUAAAAGCAUACUCAACAGCUGGUCAUUUCUACAAACAUUUAAUUAUUCAUUAUACCCAAUAACUUUUCCAAGUGAGAAUGCAGCAGAGUGGAAAAAGCUCUUUAAACCAUGUGCUUCCCAGAGAUUGUUCUUGCCAUUAAUCCUGAAAGAAGUUGACUCACUAUUGUAUGUCGACACUGAUAUCCUUUUUUUGCGGCCUGUUGAUGACAUUUGGUCUUUGCUAAAGAAAUUUAAUUCCACACAAAUUGCUGCAAUGGCACCAGAACAUGAAGAGCCUCGAAUAGGAUGGUAUAAUCGCUUUGCUAGACAUCCCUACUAUGGAAAAACUGGAGUAAACUCUGGAGUUAUGCUGAUGAACAUGACUAGAAUGAGAAGGAAAUAUUUCAAGAAUGAUAUGACAACUGUACGAUUGCGAUGGGGAGAUAUGCUUAUGCCAUUGCUCAAAAAAUACAAACUGAAUAUCACAUGGGGUGAUCAAGAUCUGUUGAAUAUCAUAUUUUUUCAUAAUCCAGAAAGCCUUUUUGUUUUUUCGUGUCAAUGGAAUUAUCGACCGGAUCAUUGUAUAUAUGGAAGCAAUUGCCAAGAAGCAGAAGAAGAAGGAAUCUUUAUUCUUCAUGGGAACAGAGGUGUUUACCAUGAUGAUAAGCAACCAGCAUUUAGAGCUAUUUAUGAAGCACUGAGAAAUUGUUCUUUUGAAGAUGACCACAUCCGUUCCUUAUUAAAACCUUUAGAACUGGAAUUGCAAAAGACAGUGCAUACAUAUUGUGGGAAAAUUUACAAAAUAUUUAUCAAACGGCUGGCAAAAAGCAUACAAAACCGUUAUGAUAGACCAACAAAGGAAAGGUGAUUCUUGGAGACCACUGUCAAAUGAAUUAAACCCACAAAAUAUUGGAGUAUUUGUGUGAAGGAAUUGUCUUGGAUGAAGUGUUCAGGAAGGAAUUACUCAUCUUCAGAAUAAUUUUUUUUCCUGAAAAAGUUAAAUAAGCAAAAUAUUCAUUUAAUGAAGAAUAAAUGUUUUAGACCCCAAGAAGAAGACAUUUUUCAUCUCUGAUGUUUUGUAAUGUUAUUUGCUAUCAUUCCAGUAUUGAUGAAACUAUUGAAUUGUUAUAGCCUACAGACUUUGGUUGACUCUUAUUCUCAAGUAAGAAUAGUAGGGUGUAUGGAUGGAGAUGAUGUACCUCAUACACAGUGGGAACACUCAGACUGUGAGUAUAGCAAUAAUUCUAUGUCAGCACUAACCUCACUUUAAAUGUGUGAGAAAAGCAGUGUUUACAGGAGCAGAAAAGAUUCUGUUUCUAAAAAAAUGUGAUGUAACCAUGACAAUCUAUGUGUGCCUUCAUAUAUUUCAUCUCUGUUUUAAAAUCUUUGUGACAAUCAAGUUGGAAAUUAUUUUUAGAGUACAAGUAAACUGCACGUUUAAAAUUGAGCUGUAUAAGAAAGAGUGAAAAUUGUGGAGGUUUAGUCUAUGUAUAUGCUUGUGAAAUGUAGUAUUUUCAUUUGUCUAUGUUAAACACUCUUGCCAAACUCAGAUCUAAGAUCGUUAAACAAUAUUUUGGAAAUUUUUUUAUUACUUUAAGUGAAAAAUUUCAGCUUUACUGGGCAUUCUGGAAGCAAAAAAAGAACUGAUGAUAAUAAAAUGAAAACCUAAAUAGUAUAUACCUAUAUGAUGGUGGAAAAUGUGAUGGACCAAAAUGCAUAAGCUAUAUACUUCUGUGAACAGUAAUUUUAGUUACAAUGGAGCAGGAAGAAGUGGUCAUUUAACUUUUUUUUUCUACCUCAAAAUAGUUUUACAAGAUAUUUUUGAAGAAGCAAAUAUAUAGAACCUUACUUUAAACAACUUUCAUUGAUGGUCUGGAUUAAGAACACCAUUACCUCUGACUACAGAAAAGUAGUUUUGAUUAGGUC